GGCGGGAGUGAAGGCGGGGGCUCUCCUCUUUCCGGACUUUCACUCUCCUGUGGCCCCACUCCCGAUGGGGAACAAGCGGGGGCAGGCUGGGUUCCCCCGGGAAGGGGGGUCAAUGCGGAGCGGCUCCGGAGUUUGGAGAGCCCCCCGCCCCCCGCUUACCUUGACAAACAGCUCCACCUGCAUCUGCUCCUCAGCCAUGGCCCGGGGCUGGCUCCGGGGGGGAGAGGGGUUAGAACGGACAAAUCCCCCGCUCCGCGGCUCGGGUGCGUUUCAAGGUUCCCCCAAGGGCGGGAAAAGCCGGGUCCGGGCCGGGGGCGCGAAUCGCACCACUUCGGAGUCUUGCGGGCACUCUGAGCGCAACACGGAGCUGAUCCGGAGCGACGGGUCUUCCUCCGCAGCCCCACCCAGGAAGAGAACCCGAGGAUGGUUCCUAGGGCUCCCAGUCCCAGAUGCUGCGAGUAGCAACUGCUGUCUUGGCUGGGCCCACAUCCCCCCCACCUCCGCCCCCCGAUGCCCAGGGGGAGAUGAACAGACGGUCCCUGGGCCUGGAGGCAACAGCUGCUCCCUGCCAACCAGCCAGAGCCGGGAACUCGAUCUGGAGGCACCAGCCCUGGGGACCAGAGAGAGAAACAGCCAGAUAGCGAACAGCGAAAGGGUCCCACUGGGCUAGUAGGGGGCUGUGGGU